AGAGAGAGAGAGGAAGUAAGGCUGAUCUUACUGUAGGCGUUAUUGAUUUCGAUACUGAACGCGAACAGUAAACGUUCACACAGUUUCUAAGUUACACGGAAAUCAGACACUUUUUGGCGCCGUUUGUUUGACUUUCUACAAAUUUCCCUCCCACUGCAAGAUUCAGAGCUCGAAGGGGAAAAGUUGCAUAUAAUUUCAAAUUGUUGAAGGCACAGCGGAAGUGAGCUCGGAGAAAGGGCGACAGGAAUACAAGGCACUUAUUUAUUGGGCUGUACGAUCGGUGUCUAGACCGUUCGAGCUGUUGGACUCCAGCAUGAGUGAGGAGAGACCUGAGGUUGAGCUCUUCGUAAAGGCAGGAAGUGAUGGUCAGAGCAUUGGGAACUGCCCGUUUUCUCAGCGGCUCUUCAUGGUCCUGUGGCUGAAAGGCGUGACCUUUAAUGUGACCACCGUUGACAUGAAGAGGAAGCCAGACAUUCUUAAAGAUCUGGCUCCUGGCGCUCAGCCCCCCUUCCUGCUGUACGGUACAGAGGUGAAGACGGACACCAACAAGAUCGAAGAGUUCCUGGAGGAAACCCUCUCCCCUCCUAAAUACCCACGGCUGGGAGCUCGCAAUCCUGAAUCUAACACCGCGGGUCUCGAUGUGUUCUCCAAGUUCUCCGCCUACAUCAAGAAUUCAAACCCGCAGAUGAACGACAAUCUGGAGAAGGGUUUGCUGAAGGCCCUGAAGAAGCUGGAUGACUACCUGAGCACUCCUCUACCGGACGAGAUCGACGAGAACAGCGCUGAUGAUGUCGCUUCCUCCACCCGCCCUUUCCUGGACGGUCAGGAGCUCACUCUGGCCGACUGCAACCUGCUGCCCAAGCUCCACAUCGUCAAAGUCGUGUGCCAGAAGUUUCGAGGUUUCUCCAUCCCUCGCUCUCUGACGUCUCUCUGGCGAUACCUGGAUGCGGCGUACGCCCGAGAGGAGUUCUCCUCCACCUGUCCCAGCGACGAGGAGAUACACGUGGCCUACUCCUCCGUCGUGAAGGCACUCAAAUAGAAGAAGGAAACCCCGCACUCUCACACACAGUCACGCGCUCAUGCGUUAUUACCAGUUCUCUUUCCAGAUUGUCCUAGUCUUUCAAUUGGUUCUUGUAUGUCUCCAGCACCUGAGGUUGUUUGCACUGGCAAAAGUCUCACAUUUCAACUAAACGUGGUCUUAUAGUUUAUAUUUUUCAAAAGCAGCUGAACUGCAGAGGUAAA